AUGGACCACUACAUGAUGGGUAGAUUGUUCGAGCUACAGCCUCCUCAAUUCAACAUGCUCAGAGAUGUGGAGUUUGUUUGGUUGGUGAGCAACCCGUCUUUUCUAGGGUCUCAGAGAAAAGAUGAUAAGAAAGGGAUGAGGGUGAUAUGCACAACCAAGCCCCAACGCGCAAAGGACACUGCCAUAGCGCUGAGAGCCAUAUGUGAGAGCUUGGAGAAGUUAGAAGGUCUGGAGGUGAUGAAGUGGCACUUUCAGCUGAUGAGUGGAAAACGCGCGUGGGCUGCUGACGAGACUGGAAUCCUCAAUGAAGUCAACAAGGCUAGACAUGGGAGACAGGGAUGGCAAGUGAUUGUCUGGGAUAGUUUGCCCUGGGACAGCAACAGGGUGGUUGAAAUGGACUGUGAUGGGAUGCCUGUCAUUAAGCUCCCAGGAGGAUCUACUUUAAAGGACUUAGAACGCUAUUUGGAAGGCUCUAGGGUUUAG